AGACUUAAUAUUUUUGAGGCGAAGCUUUCUUUGUGAAGGCAAAGUCGGUCGAUUUGUGGCACUUAGAAAAAUUUCGACGAAUUUUUCGGUCCAAGGCUAUACCUAUAAACGUCGUUCGUCUUUUGUUGUCAUUAUUUUAAAGAUCGUGUUGAGGAAUCGCCAUUCCUUAGCAGCAGUGUAUGAAACGAGGGUCAAGUCUGUUGAUAAUUUUCUCAAAGUUUACUGAGGAAAGGCGAUAUGGACGUGACCGACGCGGUUAACAAGGGCAGCGAGAAAGCAAAAGCUCCAGAGACAAAGAAAAUAAAACUGGAUAGGUCGCACCUGGGUUUGUCUUCGGCGAAGAGUGGAUCUGUUAACAAUGGCGUAAAGAAAGAGAAAGUCACAGAGAAGAAAGAACGAAAGGCAGAGAAGACGGAGAAUAAGUCAUGUUUAAUAAAUCCUGAUGCUAACAUGAGCGACAGCGACUAUGAUGACGUUCCACUGUUUUCUCGAGCCAAACAGACGAACGGCAACGAUCAAGUAAAUUUACCAAUGAAAAAUGCAGAUGGUGAAUUCGUGAAAAAACUCAAAAAAAUAAAAAGAGAAAACCCGUCAAACAUCUCCCCGAAAUCCGAGAAGAUUCCGAAAUUGAACCGAGAGGAACCGACGAAGAAUGCAAACUCGGGAACCGUUAAGAAAUUGAAACUUAAAUCGAGUAAAACUGAUUUAGGCGUGAAAAAAACAAAAACAGAACCUGGAAUUCAUAAUUCUGAACACAAGUCCGACAACUUAAAAAGUUCCAAAACAUCUGUAGUUAAAAAAUCUUCUUCAAACUCCUCGGUUGAAAUAAAGAGGGAAAAACAGAGUACGCCUAGUCCUGCCAAAGCAGAGAAAUUAACCUCCGCAAAGUCGAACACAAACUUAAAAAAUGAAAAUAGCGGGAACGUCAAGAAGGAUGGUUCCUCAAAAGGAAAUGUUACAAAGAAAUCCUCCUCAAAUAGCUCCUUGAAACUUAAAAUUAAUAAAAAAGUGAAGAAGGAAGAUGCCGUGGAGACUGGAAAUGGCGAGGAAGAUGACCGGGGGACAAAAGAAGGAAUGAAAAAAAUCGAUAAAAACAAGGAGGAAACGUUAAAGAAAGUGAAGAAGGAAAGAAGUUAUUCAGAUUCAGAUGAAGAUGAUGUGCCAUUGGCUUCAAGGACGAAGAUUGGUUUGCAAAAAAAGCAAUCUGUCAACCAAAGAAAACGAAAAGGCUCAAAUGACGAAGAAGAUGAAGAUGAUUACCAGCCAGCGAAAAAAACAAAGAAGAAAUUUGAUGUUGGUGUUAAAGAUGGUGUAGACAAGAAGAAGCAGAAGACGACCAAGACAAGUAAAGAAACGACGAAGAAAGGAACAGAAACUGUGAAAACGGAGAAAAAAGAAAAGAAGGCUGAGGAAGUUUGGAAAUGGUGGGAGGAGGAAAAACACCCGGAAGGUAUAAAAUGGCUCACACUAGAACACAAGGGGCCAUACUUCCCACCGGAGUAUGAACCUCUUCCUCAUGAUGUCAACUUUUACUACGACGGUGUAAAAAUAGAACUUUCUCCCAAAAGUGAAGAGGUGGCAGGAUUUUACGCAAAGAUGUUGGACCAUGAAUACACGUCGAAGAAGAUUUUUAACGACAACUUCUUUCAAGAUUGGAGAAAAGAAAUGACGGAUGGAGAGCGAGGGACGAUUAAAGACCUCAGUAAAUGUAAUUUCAAAGAAAUUAAUGCUUAUUAUGUUCAGAAAAACGAAGAAAGGAAAAACAUGACUAAAGAGGAGAAACAAGUUAUCAAAGCAAAGAAUGAAGAAAUUUUACAGGAGUAUGGCUACUGCAUGAUGGAUAAUCAUCGAGAAAGAGUGGGGAAUUUUAAGAUCGAACCUCCCGGGCUUUUCCGAGGAAGAGGCGACCAUCCGAAGCAGGGGAAACUGAAGAAAAGACUCCAGGCUAAAGAUAUCAUCAUUAAUAUUGGCAAAGAUGCGAAAGUUCCCCAUCCUCCUAACGGGCAAAGAUGGAAAGCAGUUCAGCAUGAUAAUAAGGUUACGUGGUUAGCAUGUUGGAUCGAGAAUAUCCAGGGAAGUUACAAGUACGUCAUGUUAAAUCCAACAUCAAGGAUCAAGGGAGAAAAAGAUUGGCAGAAGUAUGAAACCGCGCGUAAAUUAAAGGGUUUAAUUGGUCAAAUCCGUCAAGGAUAUAGGAAUGAUUGGAAAUCUAAGGAAAUGCGUAUAAGACAAAGAGGUGUAGCGUUGUAUUUCAUUGAUAAGCUUGCUCUUCGUGCUGGUCACGAGAAGGACGAAGAUACCGCUGACACAGUGGGUUGCUGUUCACUAAGAUAUGAGCACAUAAAACUUCAUAAACAACUCGAGGACAAAGAAUACGUAGUUGAGUUUGAUUUUCUGGGUAAAGAUUCCAUUCAUUAUCACAACUUUGUACCUGUUGAAAAAAAGGUGUUCAAGAAUUUAGAAUUGUUUCAGCAAGGGAAAACUGACGGAGACGACCUGUUUGAUAGGCUGACUACAACAUCAUUAAACAAACAUCUCUCAGAUCUAAUGGAAGGCCUCAGUGCCAAGGUCUUCCGUACAUACAAUGCAUCAAUGACUUUACAAGAACAGCUGGAUAAACUUGAGUUAGAAGAUAAUGUUGCAGCAAGAGUCUUGGGUUAUAAUCGCGCAAACAGAGCUGUCGCCAUCUUAUGUAACCAUCAGCGAUCCGUUCCAAAGACGUUUGAACAAUCUAUGUCAAAUCUUCAGCAAAAGAUUGACGACAAGAAAAAAGCCAUAAAGGAUGGGAAUGUUGAACUAAAGGAUCUUAGACGUGAAGCUAAAGGAAGCGAUUCAGUAACACUUGCAAAGAAAAUCGAAAGGAAAAAGGUCGCCAUAGAACGUUUAAAGGAACAAUUGUUUAAACUGGAAGUCUCACAAACAGAUAAGAAUGAAAAUAAGGAAAUUGCUCUUGGGACAUCCAAGUUAAAUUAUCUUGAUCCGAGAAUAUCGAUUGCUUGGUGUCUAAAGAACGAUGUCCCUAUUGAGAAAAUUUACAAUAAGACGCAACGUCAAAAGUUCGCUUGGGCUAUUGAUAUGACCGAGAAAGACUUUGUUUUUUGAAAAUUUAGUCUCUAGUUAGUGAAAAUUUUAACUCUUUGUGAAUUUACCAUUUUAACAUAUUCUAAUUGGACAAUUUUAACCUAUUUAUGUCAUUCCUAAUUUUGUUUGAAAGCAGACAAUUAAGGUUAUUCUUUCGACGUAAAAUCAAGACCAUUUGUUCAGCUGACAAUCGUGUGGUAAAUACCUACAUCAGAAUUACAGUUCUCUUUCUAUCUCUGCCAUUGGCUGAAUUCAAUUUUAUUCUAUUUUUCCCAAAUUAAAUAUGAACAUUCUUUUUGUCGUCCUAAA